AUGAUUUACUUGCAAAAUAUUGCAAAUCAGCUACCGGAUGUAUUUACUAACCUUCCAAGCGUUACUAAAUCUUAUAUUCCAGCUCUGCAUGUUCCCAUUCGAGUUGAUGUCCCGAUAGGACAAGUGGUAAAUGCAAAUGAAUCUAAGCCACUUUUGAAACGUGGAAGACCGAUUGGUUCCAAGGAUAAAAAUCUUCGAAAAAAGAAAGAAAUAAAUGAUCACGAUAUGAUGGCAGUCGCUCAAAAGAAGCCUCAAGAUCUAACAAAUGAUAAGACUGGUUUAUAUAGCCAUCAAGUGACUCUUCCGAAAGGUGACAAUGGUUCAUCCGAAAAGGCUGUUCCACUAUUUAUAUCAGAAAUUGCACCUACAAGAAUUCGUGGAGGACUUAAUAUUUUGUUCCAACUAAACGUAACGAUUGGUAUUCUUUUCGCCAACCUCGUUAACUACGGAACAGCCAAGAUAAGUGGAGGAUGGGGAUGGAGAUUAUCAUUAGAUUUAGCAGGUUUUCCAGCAGCGCUAUUAACGUUGGGUGCAUUAUUUGUGGUAGAUACACCAAACAGUUUGAUAGAAAGGGGUAGAUUGGAUGAAGGCAAACAAGUACUUAGAAAAAUACGAGGUACAGACAACAUUGAACCUGAAUUCUUGGAGCUUGUCGAAGCUAGUCGUAUUGCUAAAGAAGUCAAACACCCUUUCAGAAAUUUAUUCCGACGUAAAAAUAGACCUCAAUUGAUUAUCUCUGUUGCCCUCCAGAUAUUCCAGCAAUUCACAGGAAUAAACGCCAUUAUGUUCUACGCACCUGUUUUAUUUUCAACACUAGGUUUCGGUAGCAGCGCAGCCCUUUACUCAGCCGUGAUCACCGGAGCUGUCAACGUUCUGUCCACCGUAGUCUCUGUCUACUCUGUCGACAAGCUAGGACGACGUGUCCUCCUCCUUGAAGCCGGGGUCCAGAUGUUGUUGUCCCAAGUAAUAAUAGCCAUAAUCCUAGGUAUCAAAGUAACGGACCAUUCGGACGACCUUAGUCAUGGUUGGGGAAUAUUUGUUGUGGUCAUGAUAUGCACCUACGUGUCCGCUUUCGCGUGGUCGUGGGGCCCGCUAGGAUGGUUAAUUCCUAGCGAGACGUUCCCGUUGGAGACGCGUUCGGCUGGGCAGAGUGUGACAGUGUGUGUUAACUUGCUGUUCACGUUUAUUAUGGCACAAGCAUUUUUGUCGAUGCUGUGUCAUUUCAAGUAUGGGAUAUUCUUGUUCUUUUCGGCGUGGAUUGUGGUGAUGUCGUUCUUUGUAUUCUUCUUGUUGCCUGAGACGAAGAAUAUUCCGAUCGAGGAGAUGACAGACAGGGUGUGGAAGCAACAUUGGUUGUGGAAGAGGUUCUGUUAGAACAAUAAUGAUAAUUGU